AUGGCACUAUUUAGUCCUCAAAAGGAAGGCCUCGCAGCCACCCUAUCUAAGCCUGGGGAUUUUUUUGACUGGGAGCAUGCAUUCCGCAUUCAGGCUGAACGUCUUGACCUUCAACAAUACCUCAAACGGAAGACUUUCCUAAGAGACAAACCAGCCCUUCCAAACAUUAGGAAACGCAAAUACACAAAGACUGCCCAAUCCCAACGGACAAUACGAUCCGAGACUCAAGAGUCUCAAGAAAGCACCCAAGACGAUAUCCAAGAAACUGCCAACGGGACGUGGGUUGUGUCUGACCUAGAAAAAAGGAUCUUCAAAGACGAAAAGAAGGCCCUUGGCACCCUCAAAGACUGGGUCUUACGAACAGUCUUCCCCAGCUUCAUCCGGACAUGCUGUCAACCACAUGGGUCAAUAUACGAAUGGCACCACAACCUCCGUGCACGGUGCGGAAGAUCAGAAGCAGAUGAAACAAGAGAUUCUCGAAACAGAUAUCUAACCCUGCUAAAGACAGCUUCAAAGACCACUAGCCAAGCUAUCCAGUGGCUAGACAAAUGGGAAGAAGCCCUAGCCAAAGGGCAACAACGGAAAGUCCCAGAGACCCUUUAUUGCAGCUCGUGGGCCUAUGACUUCUUCAAUAUCUCAUCAAAUAUCCUGCCGGCCUGGACGGCUGCAUACGAAAUAAGCCAACAAAGCCUUAUCCAGUGA